AGGUUGUGUUCACCGGAGAUUUCUUUCAAUUACCCCCUGUCAGCAGAAACCGUUAUUUUAACUAUGCCUUUGAAGCCAAAUGCUGGCUUCAUGUAAUCGACCAAGCCAUUGUCUUGAAGCAGGUCUUCCGACAACGAGAUCAAAAAUUUGUAAAUAUUCUGAACGAGUUGAGACUGGGGAAAUUAUCCAUGGAGUCUCAGAGAAUCCUUUCUUCAUUGGACCGUCCGCCGGCAUCAGAGUCCGCCAUCGAACCUACCGAGCUAUUUGCGAUUCGGGACGAAGUCCGGGCGGCCAAUGAAACCCGAUUGGCCGCUUUACCUGGCCGCAUCCAUGUUUUCAAAGCCAUCGAUCAAGGUGAACGGGACAAGAUAGCCCCAUGCCUCGCUCCAGAAAUCCUUCAGCUUAAAAAACACGCUCAAGUCAUGUUGCUAAGGAACAUGGAUCGACAAUUAGUAAAUGGCUCUUUAGGUAUCGUGGUUGGGUUUACUGGAGAAGACGAAUACGCGGAUCCUUCAGUCCUAGGCCAAAUCUUAGGUCAAUGGGGAAUGGCUGCUACCAAUCGACCCGGAUUUCCCAUUGUUCAAUUCUCCAAUGGACGAAAACAAGCCAUCUAUCCAGAGAAAUGGUCCCUUGAAAUGGGAAAUAGCAUCACGGACGCAAUUGCCAUUAAUGUUGGCAUGGGCAUGGUCGAUUCACAAAAGUCAAGGCCAGACAUUGGAUCAGGUGCGGGUGGAUCUGGGAAAAGUUUUCGAAAGUGGGCAAGCGUACGUUGCACUUUCUCGUGCCACCUCACUCCGAGGACUUCAAAUUCUCAAUUUCGAUCCCAAAAAGGUCAUGGUCAACCAGAAAGUGGUCAAGUUUUAUCAGCAAUUUUAAAUCUAACAAAUGAUAAUAUGAAAAAAAAAAUAGACGCAUACCCAAUCCCUUGCUCAUUUCCUUUUUUUUCGCGCCCACAUGACUCUACAAAUUUGUAGCUAUUUGUUUCUCUAUUUAGAACUUUUUCAAUGCAAAUUGACCAAUAAGAUGAAAAUGCCCACUUAUCUGUGCGGAGGAGAAUGGAGGCAGAUAAGAGGUGCUCUUCAAAUGGAACAGAAUCAUUAGAAAAUCUUGACAACCAAAAAAAGAACCCGCAAUUUUUUCUUUCUCUA